AUGGAUGGAACAAAUUACUCUGUGGUGACAGAAUUUGUAUUCCUGGGACUCACUAACUCCUGGGAGAUCCAGCUUCUUAUCUUUGUGUUCUCAUCCAUGAUUUUUGUGGGAAGCAUAAUGGGAAACUCACUUAUUAUGAUCACUGUGAUUUUUGACUCUCAUUUACACUCUCCCAUGUACUUCCUGUUAGCCAACCUCUCCUUCAUCGACCUGGGUGUUUCUUCUGUCUCUUCUCCUAAGAUGUUUUAUGAUCUUUUCAGAAAGCGAAAAGUCAUCUCCUUCAGUGGCUGCAUUACUCAAAUAUUCUUUAUCCAUGUCAUUGGGGGUGUGGAAAUGGUUCUACUCAUUGCCAUGGCUUUUGACAGAUAUGUUGCCAUAUGUAAACCUCUCCACUAUCUGACCAUCAUGAGCCCCAAAAUGUGCAUCUUCUUUUUAGUGAGUGCCUGGAUUAUUGGCUUUAUCCACUCCUUGAUUCAAUUGGUCUUUGUGAUAAACUUACCCUUCUGUGGUCCUAAUGUGUUGGACAGCUUUUACUGUGACCUUCCUCGGUUCAUCAAACUUGCCUGCAUAGACACCUACCGACUAGAGUUCAUGGUCACAGCCAACAGUGGAUUCAUUUCUGUGGGCUCCUUCAUUGUACUAAUCAUUUCCUAUAUCAUCAUUAUUCUCACUGUUCAGAAACAUUCUUCAACUGGGUCAUCCAAGGCUCUGUCCACACUCUCAGCUCACAUCACAGUGGUAGUCUUGUUCUUUGGUCCCCUGAUUUUUUUUUAUGCAUGGCCAUCUCCUUCCAUUCAUCUAGAUAAGUAUCUGGCCAUCUUUGAUGCAGUUCUCACUCCUUUUCUAAAUCCACUCAUUUACACAUUCAGGAAUCAAGAAAUGAAGGUGGCAAUGAAAAGAGUAUGUAGACAGCUAAUAAACUAUAGGAAGAUAUCUUAA